GAACAAAAUUGAACGAAAACUGUGUUAGUGACUUUGAAAAUUAUUAAUUUGUAAAUGCGUUGUUUCUGUUACUAGGUGUGAUUGUUACAUAUAGGCUAAAAUAAUAUGACAAGAUCCGUAAUGAAAAGAUUUGUUGAUAUAACACAGAGUUAGACUAAAUUAGGCCUAACUUAGAAUCAUGAAAAAAGAAUUCAUUGCCGAUCUGGUGACUGUGGUAGAAGCUGAGAGAACAGUUGUAAAAGCCGAGAGAACAGCUUUAAAAUCUGAGAGAACAGCUGUAAAAGCUGAGAGAACAGCUGUAAAAGCUGAGAGAACAGCUGUAAAAUCUGAGAGAAAGGCUGUAAAUGAAGUUCCGGUUCCUACAAAAAGUGAAAUCAAACUAAAGACUGAUGCUGACUGGGGUGACUUAUCACAAUGCUUUGUCAAACUAAAAACUACAAAGGAAAUCAAAAUACCAACGAAAAUAGAAGAUGAGGGUCCAAAUAUUUUUCAAAGCGUCAGUUCAAAAUGUAUAUUGAACUUGACUCCAGUUGUCAAGCUUAAUAGAAAUCAAGAGAUAGAACUUGCUGUUCAAGAAGGGAAAAAUCAGUUAAUGAGAAAAUGUGUCCAGUCAGUUAUAUUGGAUAUGAAGUCAGAAGUUGAUCAAUUGACAGUCCCUGUUGUACUGGGUGAAAUGCGUGAAAUUCAUGAAUGCAUGAAGGAGUUGAUGGAAGUAAACGAUGAAGAUCACUGUGAAGACAAUGCGGAGCCCUUUGAUAAUGACGAUGAGCAAAGUACCUCUUCCGAGACAAACAGUAAUGGCAGGGAUUUUGAUGAAGAGAACCAACUAAAAUAUUCAAGUUGUACUUUUUUUGUUUGUGAUAAAUGCAAUCAAUGUUACAGGAGUAGAACCCUGUUGAAAACUCACUCCUGUCCUUAUACAAGCACCAAACAUUGCAAUAAUUGCUUCAGGACAUUUUCAGACGAAAAUUUCAAAACUCAUGUUUGCAAAGUGCAGGAAGGGAUGUUUAGAUGCAUUCACUGCCGUGAGUGUUUUAAAACUAAAAACCUUUUAACAAUUCAUGAAAAAUAUAACUGUUCUCAUGAAACUUAUACUUUUAAAUGCUCAGAUUGCGGAGAAAGGUUUCGUCUGAAAAGAUAUUUGGAGACACACAUUCGGAAGCACAAAGAUUUGCUAAACUUCCAUUGUGCAGUUUGUAAAAGAGCUUUCUGUCAAAAAUCCCACUUGGAAGUGCACAUGGCGUCACAUUCAGAAGAACGCCCCUACAAGUGUGACCAAUGUGACAACAAGACAUUCAAGAGACUGAAAUCUCUGGAACAUCACAAGCAAACUCACUCCGGUGUGAAAAGUUUUCAGUGCCAAGAUUGUGGCAAGUAUUUUUUCUCGUUGUUUCAUUUAAAGCAUCACAGAAAUAGCACACACGAGCGACAACAUGUUUCAUGUGGUCUUUGCAACAAAAAAUUUGCUCGUAAUUAUAAUCUGAAGCUGCAUAUGAGAUCUCACACAAAUGAAAAGCCGUUUGUUUGUCAUUGUGGAAAAGCGUUUGCUCAAAAUAGUUCGUUAACCUUGCAUAAACGUGUUCAUGAUGAUGUCAAACCUUACAAGUGUGAGAAAUGUAAGGCCAAAUUCAAACACUCCUCUUCUUUAGUGAUGCAUAUACGAUGUGUUCACACCAACGAAAAACCCUAUAAAUGUGAGAAGUGUAGCAAGACCUUUAGUCAAAAUAGCAACUAUCGCACACAUAUGAGAAUGCAUGCGAAAGAAUAUGUAAACUGUGGUAUGUGUGGAAGUAUGUACACCACCAAAGGAAAUUUGAAAUUACACAUGAAAAAUAUGCACAAUGAUCGUCUCUUUAAAUGUGGGGUUUGUAAGAAAUUGAUUAAGUCUAAGUAUGAGUUUCAAAACCACACCAAGAUUCACAUUAAAGGAAAUGAUUUGUAAUUUUUUUUUAGUUUUCCACAUCAAUGAAUCAAAUCAAAAUUAUGUGAACACUAGCAACAGUGCCCGUUGUGGUUAAAUACAACGGUCUCUAGUAAAAUAAUGGUUAUGAAAUCCAUACACCACUUUACUCGCUAAUAUAAAUGGUGCAGUUUAAGCACAUAACAUUAGAAUCAUACAUUUAACAUAAGGAACACACAUAAAUGCAAAUUGUUAACUAUUUAUAUAUAGAAUAGAUGGUUUAACUUGUCAACAAUGUUAGCUGCCAUGCCGAUUUGAUUGGGUCAAGUAACUUGAUCAAGUAGAAUAAGAAUAUCAUGCUAAACUGAUUGUGACAUCCUCUUGGAAAUAUGUACAAGUUUCACUGCUAUUUAGUGCCAACAAUC